AUGGGCAGAUUCAGCCCGAAUCGCUGCUUCUCCCUUGGGUACAGAUUUUUGUCCCCUCAUCGUCGAGUAUCCCUCUAUGCCAAUGGGAAACCAGCGGCGGAAAAGGAUCUGUUUGGAUACACUAAAGGCCGAUUCCUCGUCAAUGAAGGAUACGAGCUGGCGAAACGGUACUCGCCCUUUGACAUCCGCGAGCUCUGCCGCACGGUCUCCGCGCUACCUCGCGUGGCCGGCUCGCCCAUUACCCGAAUCGAGAAGAAGGAGGGUGGGUAUAACAAGGCGCUGAUGAUGACGGCGGAGAACGGAGCCAAUAUCCUGGCAAAGAUCCCCUGUCGGAAUAUCGUGCCUCGACAGUACGGGACCGCGUCCGAGGUGGCUGUCUUGGACUUUGUCAAAUCGCACUCGACCACGCCUGUGUCGGACGUCCUCGCCUGGUGCGCGGAUGACUCCAACCCUGUCCAGUCGGAAUAUAUCGUUCUGGAGCCGAGCGUCGGCAAGCAGCUCACCAAGAUGUGGGACAACAACCUGGCCGAACACGACCGCGUGAAGCUGAUCCGCAAUUUUGCCUCUCUCGAAAGCAAGCUGGCGGCAAAUAAGUUUCCUGGCUACGGGGCCCUGUAUCUGAGAAACGCUCUUCCUCCGGCGCUGAAACAACCCGGCCGCACCAUCGACGUGGACGAGACGUACUGCCUGGGGCCGAUGUACCACGGCUCCUGGCCCGGGGGAUUCGCUGCAAAUCCAGACGACUAUGCAAAGUACUCAGGGCCAUGGAGGACCCUCGCCGAGCUCGGCCGCGAUCUCGCCCACCAAGGCAUCUGCCAAGUACGCAACUACAAGACCUCCUACGCCGGCCGGGGUCCACACUACGGCACCCCCGAGGAACACAUCCGCGUCCUGGAAGCAGUCCUCCAGGUGAUGCCGAUCCUCGCAGAAGCCGUCCCGAUCCGCCGGCACACCGAGCCAGUCCUCAGCCACCCGGACUUCCACCCAGGCAACAUCUUCGUCUCCGCUGACGACCCCACCGUCAUCGUCAGCGUCAUCGACUGGCAAUUCACCUGCAUCCUCCCCCGCUUCACCCAGGACGAGGCCCUCCGCGCCAAAUGCUACGAGGCCGCGCUCCUCAAGUCCCAUCUGGAAUCGUACCUCGCCCUCACCGAACCCGACGUCGCCAUCCGCCGCCUCUUCACCUCCUGCCCCUUUACCUACCGCGAUGGGAUUCUGCCGGUCCGCGACUGCCUGCUCAAGCUCUCGCAGCACUGGGCGCAUCUGCAGGUUAGCCAGGAGUGUCCGUACCGCUUCACCGCGGCGGAGGUGGCAGAGCACGAGCACCAGAUGGCUGAAUACGAGGGAUGGCUGAAACUGCGGGAGCAUACGCACCAGCUUCUCCGGUCGAAUGAUGGCGGAUGGGUGCCGUCUGGGGUGGACUUUGAGGAGAUACAGGCGAGGCAUGAUAAGCUGUAUCGUCGGUUUGUGGAGACUAAGGUGGAGCGUAUGUCUGAGGAGGAUGCGAAGCGGCAGUGGUUUUUUCGGGAUAGGGGGUAGUCAUCUGCAAAAAAAACACCCUCCUCUGAAGCAUGGAGUUCUAGUAGUAUAAGUCGCGGAAUGCAAGUUAUGUUGCGAGGCGACUAGUAGUAUAUCAAUUUGGCCAUACUCGGCCGCAUCCCCAUCCGGAGGACAAGGGUGCACCGCAACAGACGCUCC